AUGAAUUUACGAUUGGUCAUUUUAUUGGUAUUUCAUUUUAUUCACUAUUCUGACUCAUAUAAAAUAUUGGUUUACUCGAAUUUAUAUGGUCACAGUCAUAUCAAAGUUCUGAAUACAAUAGCUGACACUUUAACAGAUGCAGGACAUGAUGUGACUCUGUUCCGCCCAAUAAUUGAAACAAGUCAACUGAACAAAUCAUCAGUUAAAACUAAGAAAGUGAUCUACGUGGAGCCGGAUGAGGGAGUAAUCGAAAAAAUGAAACAGAUCGAUAAGUUUUCUGGAAGUCUCUGGACAUUGGAUUCAACGAAACCAUCUGCAAUGAUUGCAAAAUCGAACACUUUGGUUGAAUUUUUCGGAACACAGUGUAAAAGUUAG